AUGUCACUGGAAGUCAUCUACGUCACACGUCACGGAUUCCGGUCCGGCUGGAGUGUUGACCCUUUGACUGGCGUCUACACGGCCGCCAUACGGUCUCCCACUGGAAUUCCCGCAGAUCCUGCCCUGACGUCUUAUGGAGUCUCGCAAGCCAAAGAGAUGGGCAAACAUCUCAUAACCCUGGAGCCUCCCAUCGAUGCCGUGUACUCCAGCCCUUACUAUCGCUGUCUUCAGACUAUAACGCCCUUUGUUGAGCUCAAGCAGCAACGACUCAGAGAGGAACCAAGAACGACACAAGGUUCGGCGGCCGCCACAAUUUGUCCAGAACACGGGUUGGGUGAGUUCUUUGGGGCAGCGCCUUUCGACCAUCCGAUCCCAGCUUCGCAUAAGCGACUCAAGGAGCUAUUCCCAGCAUAUGAUGAUAGCUACGUAUCUGCCAUAAAGCCUUCUAGAAAAGGCGAAACGAUCGAGGACCUCUAUGGGCGUGUUGCAUCGGCCGUGCGAGGCAUCAUUGAGCGUUGCGAUGCAGAGGGAAACCGUGCGGUAGUGCUCUGCACCCAUGCAGCCGUUGUCAUAGCCUUGGGCCGUGUCCUCACAGGGCGUGUCCCCGAAGCUGUCGAAGAAGAAGAUUUUCACGCCUUUACGUGCGGUCUGAGCACGUACCGCCGUCGUCGACAAGGCACAGGCACGCAAGUGCCAAGCACUGACGAAUCCCAACCCUUAAGCGAAGCCAUCCCUAUCAGGCUUGGGGAGUGGCAGUGCGAAUUGGACAGCGACUGUAGUUUUCUGAGCUCUGGAGAAGAGCGAGGCUGGCGAUUUUCCGGAGAUGAAUCUUUUCCCGGAACUGGCUCCAUGUCACAAGGCGAUAUCGAUUCCAAGCUAUAG